AUGUCGGGGGCGGGGCGCAGGGUGUACCAAAUUCCCAGGGCCUUCCUCAACCUGACGCAGACGCAGAAGGACCACAUCACGGCGUACAGGCGACUGUGGAGGAUCACGCGGAGGACGUCGGUCAAGCACUGGCAGGCGAGGGAGGCGCCCGUGUUCGACCCGUCGUGGAACCUGUACUACGAGAGCAGCAAGGAGGCGGCGUACUUGUCGAGGCUGAGGCAGCGCGUCGCGGGGCUCGCGCGGGCGCAGCAGGCGGAGGACGUGCGGCGCGGCGACGCCCCUGGCGGAUCUCUGUGGCGGGACGCGGUGGCAGCGCCCGCGGGAGACAAGGCGCCGCCGGGGGGGCGCUUCGACCAGCGGGGCAUCCUCGAGGGCAGCCGCGAGAUCACGGACCAGUACCACGGCGGGAGCAGCGAGUGA